AUGAAGCUCUCUGCGCUUGUCGCCCUCCUCCCGGCAACCAUCCACGCCGCCACACCCUGGCCAACACAUUCAUUCCACACCACCCCAAAAACAGCUCCAUUGCUGAAUGUCACAAAAGUCGGCCAGACAGAACCAGGCCUCAUCUUCAUUUCGCCGUCCACCAAGAACCUCGGCUCCCCAACCAUCUACUCCGACAAUGGCGACCUCAUCUGGCUCGGCCCAGAGGGCAGCAAAACAUUCGCAUACCAGCCGCAAUAUCUCCACGGCGAGCCCGUCCUCACCUUCUGGCAGGGCCAUACUGAGAAAGGCUUCGGAUACGGACACGUUAGCGUCCUGAAUGCUUCAUAUCACGAGAUCCAUCGGGUCACGCUGCCCAGUACACCGUCCAACAAAUUCGUCAUGCCCACUAAUGAAUCUUACCCUUCAAAUAUCGACAUCCAUGAGAGUGCUAUCACGGAAAAUGGGACGAUGCUCGUCACAGCCGUCAACAUUACCCAGACUGAUUUGUCGUCUGUCGGUGGGCCCAAGAAUGGCUGGGUGCAGGACGGUAUUAUCUACGAGAUCGAUAUCAAGACAAACGAUGUCCUCUUCCGCUGGAGUGCCGUCGAGCAUAAGAAGGAACUUCCCCUCGACCUUGUCGAAUACCCUAUUAAGGACACUGGAACCAGUCGCUCGAAUGCGUACGAAUAUCCCCACCUGAAUUCAAUUGCAAAGUACGGCGAUCACUACCUCGUUUCGUCCCGAUACAUGUGCAGCAUCUUCCUCAUCGACAAGAAUGGCGAUAUCGUCUGGUUGUUCCACGGCCAACAAGGCGGCACAUUCAACGCCCCCACCAACCCGGACGCCAAGUUCUGCUACCAGCACGACGCCCGAAUCCACAGACACCUGAACGCAGGCCAAAAGAACGAAUCGCUCCUCCUAUCCCUCCACAACAACGCCAACGUCGAAUCCACCACCCACAAGAAAACAACAACAGACCAGCGCUUCAUGCUGUACCCGGGCAACAAAACCGCAACGCUGGUCUCGCGCACCUUCGACAAGGAGCAGCCCAUCUCCGCCGUCUCGCAGGGCAACUACCAGUCCCUGGCGCGCAACGGGAGCGGACAUUAUCUUGCGGGUCACGGAUCGGUGGCGAAGUUCGAGGAGUAUGAUGCUUCUGGCAAGUUGGUGAUGCGCGGGUGGUUUAGUAAUUUGAAUGCCACUACGGGCACGUAUACGCAGACUUCGUACCGGGCGUACCGCGCGCAGUGGACGGGUAAACCUAGCUCGGUUCCUGAUGUUGUUGCUUGCAAGCCUGCCCGUGGUGAGGGGAACAAGGUGCAGGUUUAUGUGAGUUGGAAUGGAGCGACGGAUGUGGCCGAGUGGAAGAUUUUGGGUGGUUCGAAGGGGGAGAAAGUUCUUGAUCUUGUUGAGAAGAAGGGAUUUGAGACUAGUGUUUCUGUUGAUGUUGGCUUUGAGAAGGUAGAUGCUAUUGUGGUGGAGGCUCUCGGGGGUGUUGGUGAUGGUGCCCGCAGUAAGCCUGCGCGUGUUGGGUCUUGCUCGUCCGUCUAG